GGCCCGCCGAGCCUCUCAAGGUUUCACUGACGGUUGCAUUGUUGUGGAUACAAACAUGUCGGGGAUGAAUAGUGAUCAGCUUCAUCGCUCCACCUUGAGGAUUUACUCGAGCUUGAUGGAAGAGUUCAACCCAAGCCUACAGGAACUGGUCUCACUGGGUCACAGCUACGUACACGCUUUCCAGGCUCUGGCUGUAACAAGUGAGGCCUACUUUAGUGCACUUUCAAAGAUUGGAGAGAAUACCUUCCACACCAUAUCUUCACGCUCCCUGGGAGAUGUCCUGAUUCAGAUCUCUGAGAGCCAACGGCGACUCAUGGUGGAGCUCGAUGGCGUGGUCCGCUUGUUCAGGAUGGAGGUCCUUCAGGAGAUGGACUCUAACAUUAGACUGGACAAAGAUUACAUAUCGGGAAGCAGGAAGCACUACGAGAUGGAAGUCCACGACCAGGCAGCAGCUCUGGAGAGACAGCUGAGGAGAGGAAACAACCAGGAUUGUAGCGAGUAUAUGCAGUUCCUCAGGGAGAGCCACACCGAGGCUCUGAAGGAGGAGGAGAGGCGAUAUCGCUUCCUGUCGGAGAAACACUGCGGCCUGAUCCAAUCCAUCGCCCGCCUCAUGAAUAAGACAGGAGGAUCCCUCCAGCAGACAGCUGAGGCCUGGAACCAGGAGGUUGAUGCUACCAGAGGACCCGAGGCCAGACGACCCACUGCUGUCGUCAACUCUAUGGGGAUGAAGGAGGAGGAGGUGAGAAGGAGCAGAGAGGAGCUGCCACUCGGCAACGUCCCGUCAAGGGCUCCGUCUCCCCAGGGAAGCAUGUCUCGCCCUCCAGGAGGCAGAUCCACGAGGGCCCGGGUGGCCCACCAGCCUGGAGGCUCCAACCCCACCCUGCUGCCCUUCACUAGGGGAGAGAUCAUCACUGUGCUGGUCCAACAACCCCGAAACGGCUGGCUGUAUGGACGUGCUGACAGCAGUUUACGUGAGGGGUGGUUUCCAGUCGCCUAUGUAGACGCAUUGGAUGAUCCUCCAAAGACAACCAGCUCUGGCUCCUCUCUCCGAAGCAGCAGCAGCAUGAGCAACCUGCUUAGCCAACCAGAAAGCACCAGCCACAGCGGAGCCCCGCCCCCUCCACCACCACCACCACCUUUAUCUUCAUAUAAACAGUAUGAGAUGCAACCGAUCACAUCAACACCUGACAAAAGGACUAAGUCUAAUUCAGAAUACAAGAGAUCAAAACCACACGAAUCACAGCCAGAACUCUUCCCGAGGGGCACCAACCCGUUUGCCACGGUUAAACUGAAGCCCACGUCCACCAAUGACAGAUCGUCCUCGCAUAUUUAAUCAACGAUGAC